UAUUUUUUCCAAUAAUGCUACGUCUGUUAAAUGCCACAAAUUGUUUAAUGCGUUGGCCUCCAUUCUGGGUUCUGGGCUCCUCCAGCCCCUUGUGAUCUCAACGGCUCUCCAGCGAGCAACCACCGAGCGAUUUAUGCAAAUGCAACCAAUGCACUUAGCGCCGUUAAAUAAACAAAAGCAUUAUCAGCAACUGCAACCAGCCAGGCAGCCAGGCAACCAGGCAGCAGCAGCCAACCAGUGAGGCAGACUGGGAAUGCAAAAUGCAGAAAUGCAAGACAAUGCAUUAAAUUCCCUUUGCCAUAGUGUGGGCCAAGAGGAGGGUGGAGCCACAGUAACACACAUCAAAAAUUCACUAUGGAACUUAUCUAAAUGCACUAAAUUACACAUUAAGCAAGUAUCUUAAAUCAAGACUCUGGCAUACACGGCCACAAUCUAAGCGCAUAAACAACAAGAGCAAACGAUGAUGUUGUAGCCCAGUCGGAUACUCCCCCACACCCGAUAGACCCACUCUAGACCUCCCCUCUAGAACCACUCUAGACCCCCCUUCUUGCAAAAUGCAAAUUUACAUUUAUGGAAGGAGGGAAGCAAAUUGAGUUGGCAUGGUCAGGGACUGACUGGAGAUUGUAGACUCAAGACUUGCCCUAGCUGCUUAAUUUGCGUGCGAGCUUAUAUUUUUUGCUCCCACUGUUUGCGAUUGCUGAUGCUUCGGCUGCUGCUGCUGCCCUGCAUCGAUUAUGUAAAUGCGAAAAUUUCCAUUAAAUGCAUUGAAUUCCAUUACGAACGCAUCAUCAUCAGCAUCAUCAUCACAGUCGUCGUCGCAGUUGCAGUCCGCAGUUGAAGUCGUCGUUUUGGUGAAUGAACGAGCGUUGUAAACCAGAUCCGGAGGCACAUCCAGAAGCUGUAAGAGGGGGGUCGUGUGGAUCUCAGCUCGGGGCGCCCAUUGUCUUGCGGUUGCGAUUUUAUUGCCAGCCAGCCAGAGCCAGCUACCAGCUAACAGCACAAUGAAGUCAUUUGCUGUGGAAUGUUCGGCGGUCGGUUGAAGCUGGGCUGGCCUGGCAAGUGAAAAUGCCUCGGCCUGGCCUGCCCCCGGUCUCAGACCGAAUAUCGUAAAUCGCUUGCCAGUUGUUGCUCGGUUCGCUGAGGUAUUUUCAUUAGCCAAACACAAAUUGAGGCAACACGACACGAUACACAAACCGUAACCAAAACUCCAACCCAAAACCCCCAUCCAAAUCCAAGCCGAAACCAAAAGAAAAACACUUAACAUCCAAACGAAAAAGACUAAGCAAGCACCAAGGCCACAAAGCGCUGGCUUAAAAUUAGCUUAGCCACUCGUUGAACGAGAAAAACCAACAGAAACUACUGGUUAAACAUCUGUGGAGCAUUGGAUAUCUACCUGGAUUCACUCUACGGCUAAAAUGAUUGGCCAACAUGGCCCAAACAGAAGCUGGUUGCCAAAGGCUUAGGGGCAUUUAUAACAAACAGCGGCCGGGCUCAUAAUUUGCCUAGUUACAGUCCGGUCCAUAAUGAGGCGGGCGGGAGGAUGUGUGAAAAUUUCCAUUUCGGCCUCCAGCUGCAGCUGCAGCAUGGGGCAUUCAAAUGGAUCUUUUGUUUGCCGGCUUUCACUGCCGAGUGCGGCGGCAUCACUUUGUAUUUGGCUACGCAUUUCACACGUCGACCGAUGGAAAUCUCUCCGGCUUUGCCUGAAAACUCAACAAAACAACAAAAACUGUUACCGAAAUCGCAGUAUCAGCAAUCGGGAAAAUGUCACGAAAUCCUAAUCCCAAUCAAAGUAAGGAAUGUCCUACUUAUGAGUUCGAACGACCCAACAAGAAUCUGGUUCUCAUCAUCUUUACGGUGGCCGUCAUCAUGAAGCUGGGCAUUAUUCUGGCGGAGAUAUUGGUUUGAAUUUAAAAGAAAUUACCUGGAAUGAUACAAGCAGAAGUAAAGGUCUUAAUUAGUUGUUGUUUCGUUCAAGGUUUAUAUUUUAUAAUGUUCGAAUAGAAUGGAAUGUAAAUAAAGAUCAGUGAGUGGCGAUAAAA